AUGUUGAAUAAUACGAGUAGUAAUAGUAAUAGUAAUAAUAGUAAGAAAAAAGUGGUUCCGGUGCGACAAUACCUCGACGAGUCCGUCGUCCCGUGCUUGCGAGAGGCGAUGAAAGAGCUCGUGAAAGUUCGACCGGAAGAUCCGCACGAGUUUCUAGCCAAGUAUUUGAUGAAACACAAUCCAAAUCAGCAACAGCAGCAUCAACAGCAGCAGCAGCAGACGACGACGACGGGGCAGAAAAUGAGCAGCAUUUUAGAGAACAACAACGCGAGCGAGAGAGCGGCGGAGAAGAGCAACGAUAAAGCGACCGAAGUGGAAGAGAGAAAAGGAGAAGAAGAAGUCCAAGAAGAGAAGAAAAAUGAAGGAGAGGCGUAG